UGUUUUGGCGUCCGGAGGCGCGCUUGAGGGGGCGGGGAUUCCGACCCGCAUGAAUUUGCAUACAUUAUAGAGUCCGUUGCUCGUGCUGACCAAGCUGCCAUUUUUCUCUUUUUGCCUCUUUCAAUGGCUGCAUCAAGUUCAGGUGGACCCUCUAAACCGCAGAAGUAAUCAUUUUCCGUCGCCUUUCUUUGCUAUUUCACUCGACUGGACAUAGGUUUCGUUUUCAUUAGCUAAAUCUGGUGAAAUUGUGGUAAAAUGCCAACAUUAGCCUAUUCGCUGUAGCAAGCUAGCUGGCAGCUAAAAUCUGCUAAAUUCAGUGAUGCCCCUGUCUCUUUUGUGAAUAAACAAACACUUUAACUUUGAAAUGGAUUCUGCAGUACAGGGAUUUGAGGUUCAAACUGCAAAAGUAUCUACAAGGAGGCCAGAGCCUUACUCCUGAUGGCCAUUGGUGAUGAUAACAUAUUAAGCAAUGGCAGAUUCCAGGCACAUAACGGUACCAUUAAUAAGGAGGCAGUUCUAUGAAAGAUUGCUAACAAAGCUUCAUGGAGCUCUACAACGCAGACCUGUAGAUAUGGACUAUUUGCAUUAUGUCAUCACUCAUGAAUUGAGACUUAUACGGUCAUUUGGUAAUAUUUUAGCAGUACCACAAGAUAUUCUUAAUGCCUUAUCCAAUCUUUUGAGACUGAUAAAUUUUCAAGACGGAGAGAGACACCCACAUUCUUCUCUUGUUGAUGUUGUAUACACAGCGAGAGGACAACGUAAACUUAGUAUAUCAGAAGAAUCUUUGCAAAGCCUCAUCAACAUGAAAUUUUCCAUUCCCAGUAUAGCUCGGCUUCUGGGUGUCAGCAAAAGGACAUUAUUUCGUCGGAUGCAAGAGUAUGGACUUUCAGUGCAUGCAUCAUAUAGCAGUGUCACAGAUGAUGAGCUGGACAGCCUUGUUAGGUCAGUUAAAAUGAGACUGCCACACAUCGGCUAUCGAAUGAUGAUGGGGGAACUGCAGGCCAUGGGAUACCGUGUCAGAUGGGAGCAAGUGUCUGCAUCGAUGCAUAGGGUAGAUGCUGCAGGAAUCCUAGAAAGGAUGGCAUCUGUCGGCUGUGUUGCAAGAAGAGUGUACUCUGUAAAAGGUCCCCUCUCAUUGGUUCAUGUAGAUACAAACCACAAACUCAUCAGAUAUGGCAUAGUUAUAUUUGCUGGGAUUGAUGGCUAUUCGCGAAAGAUAAUGUACCUUGGUGCUGGAAAUAAUAACAAGGCAUCAACUGCAUUAGGCUUCUUUAUGAGCUCUGUUGAACAGUUUGGCUUUCCUUUAAGAGUUAGAGGAGACCAGGGUGUCGAAAAUGUUGCCAUUGCUCAUUGCAUGUUUACUGUUCGUGGUUGCGGCAGAGCAAGCUACAUUUCAGGAAAAAGUGUUCACAAUCAAAGAGUUGAGCGCUUGUGGCGUGAUGUCUGGAUGGCUGUAACCAGUGUUUAUUAUGAGCUACUUCACAACCUUCAGGAAGACUGCCUGCUUGACCCCUCCAACAGCCUCCACCUGUUCUGUGCUCAGUACAUCUUUGUGGAACGUCUGCAGAAGGACCUUGACACUUUCAAGAAUGGGUGGGAUAAUCAUGCCCUGCGAACAGAACAAAGUCUUACGCCUAAUCAACUUUGGACUAUAGGACUUCUUCAAAAUUCUGUGGCUGCACCAGAAAACACUGAGGACAUUCAAGAACAUUUCUCUUUGGACCUUGACUGUUCGAGACCAGAAAGUGGUGGUGGAGUAGUUCUUCCACCAAUACAGUGUCCUUUGGGGCCUGAGGCGAUGGCAGGACUGAGGGCAGCCAUUCAUCCUCUUAGUCCCUCCUUUGACAACGGAAGAGACCUUUAUGAGAGAGUGCUGAACUACAUCAGAGUUCAUUCAGUAACACAACAGAACCCACUCAGUUAGCCUUUCUCAUAGGAUUUAACCA